GUUUCAUAUCCCGGUACAAUUGGAAACCAUGGAGAAAUCUUCAAUUCUUCGUUUCACCUUCAUCUUUGCUAUUAUCUGUUUCAUUUUUGUUCGUUCAGUUUACCCUUCAAGCAAAUCAGAAUUCCUUGCUUCUUCACCUUGCUUUCCACGGUGCACCUCCAAGAAUCGGAUUCACAAAUUCACUGACCACCGUCACACUACUCCUCUCCACCCACUAGAUCCACUCACCGUUCAAGAGAUCAAUAAGGUCCGAGCCAUUCUGUCAUCCUAUGCACCCUUUGCUUCUUCCUUCGCAACCAUUCACUCUUUAUCCCUUGAUGAACCUGACAAGACACAAGCCUUGGCCUGGAGCAAAGGCGAUCCUCUUCCUCCAAGAAAAGCUUUUGCAAUUGUAUCACUAAAUGCCCAAUCUCAUAUGCUCACAGUAGACUUAAAUUUAGGCCAAGUCAUUCACCACACUAUUCAUUCGGGCUCGGGUUACCCACCACUGACCAUGGAUGACCAGUCAGCUGCACUGCAAGUAACACUAGCUGAUGCUGACUUCCAAAAAUCAAUCACAGAAAGAGGUGUUAAAUUAUCCGAUGUGACUUGCGUCACGCUAGCAGCCGGCUGGUAUGGUCCAGAUGAAGAAAACAGGAGAGUUAUAAAGGUUCAGUGCUUUUCAAGUGAAGGAACACCCAAUUUUUACACGAGACCCAUUGCAGGGUUGACUGUAACAGUAGACCUUGACCAAAAAAAGAUUGUGAAAAUUUCCAACACAGGCAGAGGUAUCCCAAUUGCAAAACGCAGCGAUACAGAUUAUAGAUACACAACCCAAGUGAAGUCACCAGAAAUGAAGCCCCUGAAGCCAAUAUCCAUAGAGCAGCCUGAAGGACCUAGUUUUGUGGUGGAAGAUGGGCACAUGGUGAAAUGGGCCAACUGGGUAUUCCACCUAAAAGCUGACCAAAGAGCAGGGAUGGUGAUUUCACGAGCCAUGGUUCAAGACUCAGAGAGUGGUGAGCUAAGAAGUGUGAUGUACAAAGGGUUCUGUUCAGAAUUAUUUGUGCCUUAUAUGGACCCUGAUGAGCAUUGGUACUUCAAGACAUACUUGGAUGGCGGUGAAUAUGGUUUAGGGGCAACUUCAUUAUCGCUUGUGCCGCUGAAUGAUUGUCCUAGACACUCUUACUAUAUGGAUGGGAUCUUUGUGGCAGCCGAUGGUAAGCCAUUUGUUCAGCCGAAUGUGAUUUGUCUGUUUGAGAGUUAUUCUGGUGACAUAAGUUGGCGGCAUUCUAAUCGCCAAAUAAAUGGCUCUGAGAUAAGGGAAGCCAGACCAAAGGUGACGCUUGUGGCGCGGAUGACAGCAUCAGUCGGAAACUACGACUACAUUUUUGAUUGGGAAUUUCAAACAGACGGUUUGAUUCGUAUCAAGGUGGGACUCUCGGGGAUUCUGCUGCUGAAAGGGACGCCACAUGAAAACAUACAUCAAGGUUUUGACGAUGACAUAUCCGGGGGACCCUUGGUUUCUGAAAAUGUUAUCGGAGUGGUUCAUGAUCACUUCAUUACCUUUCACUUGGACAUGGACAUUGAUGGGGUUAAUAAUUCCUUUGUGGAGGUUAAUCUUGAGAAACAACGCACUUCCAAAGGCCAAUCGCCGAGGAAGAGUUACUUAAAAGCUAAGCGCCACAUAGCUAAAACAGAAAAGGAUGCUCAAAUUAAGCUGAACCUCUACCAUCCAUCAGAAUUUCACGUAAUUAAUCCGUCAAGUCGCUCUAGGCUGGGAAAUCCAGCUGGGUAUAAACUUGUCCCCGGAGCAACAGCCGCCAGUUUGCUCGAUCAUGACGAUCCUCCGCAGAUACGAGGCGCUUUCACUAACAAUCAGAUCUGGACGACACUGUAUAAUCGAAGUGAACAAUGGGCGGGUGGGCUUUUCGCGUACCAGAGCAAAGGAGAUGACACACUUGCAGUGUGGUCCGAAAGGAAUCGCCCCAUUGAGAAUAAAGAUGUCGUAUUAUGGUACACCAUAGGGUUCCAUCACAUACCGUGUCAAGAGGAUUUUCCUGUGAUGCCAACCGUCUCAUCCAGCUUUGAUCUAAAGCCUGUCAAUUUCUUUCAAAGCAAUCCAAUUCUUCGAGCUGCGCCGAACUUCCAGGAGGACCUACCUGUAUGCCACCCCACUACUUCACGGUGAUCGGAUUUUUAUCCGUUUCAGGACAUGUUUGAGAUGCCGUCGAUGUUAUAUUAUUUCGUUGCAUCGUGUUGGUAGUCUCAUAUAAUAAAACAUAGUAUAAAACGUAAUAAAUUAAGCUGUUUAGUGAA